GAAAAGCCCUUCAGGUGCUUGGAAUGUGGGAAGAGCUUCAGCAGGAGCAACAACCUCCUCAGGCACCAGCACAUCCAUACUGGAGAACGGCCCUACACGUGUAGGGAAUGUGGGAAAAGCUUCAGGCAGGGGUCCACCCUCCGCAACCACCGUCACAUCCACAGUGAGGAACGGCCCUACAAGUGCUUGGAAUGUGGGAAGAGCUUCAAACGGAGCUCCCACCUCCUCACCCACCAGAUGAUCCACAGUGGGGAAAGGCCCUACACAUGUGGAGAAUGUGGGAAGAGCUUCACUCAGAUCUCCCACCUGCUCCGACACCAGAUGAUCCACAGUGAAAGGCCCUACACGUGUGCGGUGUGUGGGAAGAGCUUCAGGGACAGCUCCAGCCUUUGCAAACACCGUUGCAUCCACACCAGGGAACGACCCUACAAGUGCUUGGAAUGUGGGAAGAGCUUCAGCACAAGCACCAAGCUGCUCAGCCACCAGCAUAUCCACACUGGGGAACGGCCCUAUAUGUGUGGGGAAUGUGGGACAGACACCCUCUACACCCACUGUCACAUCCACAUCAGGGAGAGGCCCUACACAUGUGGGGAGUGUGGGAAGAGCUUCAGGGACAGCUCUGCCUUAUCCUCCCACCAACAGACCCACCAGUAAGGGAAGCCCGAGUGCCCCAACUGCAGGAAGAGCUUCGGCCGCUGCUCCAACUGCAGCAGCCAUCGGAGGACCCACGUUGGAUGAUCCACAGGGACCCACGUUGGGCACAGCCCUGGUGUGCUGGUUUAAAGGUAAACCAGCAGGGG